AUGAGCUUUGGUGGUUGUGCUGCUCAACCAGGAAUACAAGAGGAUUGCUGCCAUGAUGGUACUCUGAUGUCGUCCACAUUAUUAUCUCAACUGCAAGACAAGACGACCAAAGACAAUCCUCAGUCGACAAUGUCCACUCAUCCCUACGAUAUCAUCGAAGGCCCCCCCAUCUCACCCAUCGCAACCGCCCCAGACUGGACAAACACUCCCGAUUCCGUACUGUGGUUCUCGCAUCUCCGCCUCACCAUUUCGAGCAUCACCUCGCGCUCCAUCACUAUCAUCAACGAAGCUCUCCAAGUCUACCAAAAGACUGACGACGACCACAUUGGCCGCUACCUCCACCUGCAAUGUUCCCUCAGAAGGCUGCAGCGGUGGUGGGAACAUACUUUCAUCGUCGAAACCCAGAUGACCAAAGAGUACCUGCGUGAAAUGGAGGGGAAGCUGAUGGAACUGGGCAAGGACCUUGAUCCUAGGGAUAUGAUUGCUGAGCCAGAGGUGCCUGUUGUCGUGUCGAAGGAGAUGAGGGAGGUAAGAGCUAAAGCAAGAGAGGUGCUGCGUGAGGCGGCGUAUAUUGUUGGACUGGUGCAGGAGGCUUUGGUUCGGUUGCAGGAGUUGGAGGAUGGUCAGGUUGGUCAGGACAUGUUUCCGACUUUGCCUGGCUAUAGUGAUGUCAUGCCUUGGGCUUGA